AUGGACACCCCGACGGAUAUCCCCCCGCCCUCCAGCUCCCAGCGCCAGACCCUGGGUUUGAAGUUUGCGGAGUCUCGAACUCCCGAAACUCCUAUCCUAGACGCUGAGGGCCUGACCAAGGGUGAGGCUAUAUCGCUCGUCGACCUUGCUAGAUACUGGGCAAGAAUCGGCAACACCGAACCCUCGCCCCAGCACCCAUCGAUGGCUGAGUGCCUGCCAGCCUUGCUGGAAGCCGUCUUCGAUGGGUGGGACAGCUCAGAGGGCGCGCCAGAAGUCCUGAUAGAGCCAGGUCGGAACAAGAGAGACACGGGACUCAAGAUCGGAACGUGGGAAGAGGAUCUUCAAUCCUCACUUGCUGAGACUGCGGGCGCCAAGAGGAAGCAGACCGACGACGCAGAGAAGCCGCAGAAGAAGAAGCCUUCUGCUCGAAAGCAGGGUGCGGAUGCAUUCCUAACGCUAAGCCUUCCCAAAGACGGCGGCUUCAAGUAUACGUUCCGUGAUGCGUCCUUCCGACAGGUUCCGCAUAACAAAGUCGUUGUAUACAACCCUGGCAUGUCGCACUUUAAGGCCAUGCAAAGAUGUAUCUCUAUCUACGACCGGGCUGAGGAGCAUCGGGUGAAUGACUUCAACAAGCGGCUAGUACUCGCCAUGAGUCGUAGGCGCAUCACCGGAUUCGCCCAAUCUGGCAACGUGGGUGAUGACGGGGGUCAUCCGGAAAUCCCUCGCGAGGAGUCUAUCGAAGAACUCUUUGUGGUCUUGAGGCUGGCGUGUGAUGCCUUCGAUGAACACUGGGACUUGAUCGCCAGGCUCCGCGACAAACUCGGCCAUGGAAGCUCUUAG